AUGGAGGCAGAACUGAAGGAAUUGAGGGAAAAAUUGGAUGAAAGCAUUAAAAAAUUUGAUGAUGAAAGAGCCACUUCAACAAAAUUAUACAAAAGAGUGGAGUCUGUAGCUGCCGCAAAAAAAAUAUUACAGAACCAAUUGGAUCAUGAGACGGAAAAAGAAAAACGUUUGGAACAGAAGCAGAGGAAGAAAGAAAAAAAUGUUUUUAAUCGUUGUGUAAAAUUCUCUGAAGGCGAACAAACAUGGUGGGCGACCGCUUCUAUGAUAAUGAGAAUAGCAAAACUGUCAUGCAAACAUAGCAAUUCUGUAAAAAAUCUUCAUGCCCACAUCAUUGUCACUGGACUCACCCUUGAAAUAUUUAUACAAUCCAAGCUUGUGAACACGUAUGUAAUGUUUGGCAGUUUGAAUAAUGCUCGCAAAGUGUUUGACAAAAUGUCUGAACCAAAUGCAUCGCAAGCGAUUCACAAAAUUUACAAACCGAAUGCUUUUUUAUGGAAUGUGAUGAUUAGAGAGUGUGCUAGGAGUGGACUUCACAAAGAGGCUCUUAAAGUCUAUUGCAAAAUGUAUGAGGGAGGCAUACAGCCAGACAAUUUCACGUUUUGCGCAGUGCUGAAGGCGUGUGCGGGUUUAUAG